UGUAGAUCUGUGUUCAGAUAAAGUACGGACUUUUGCUCAGUCACACCACGGAAUCGUAGCACAGUUUCAAAAUAACUGCUACGUUUUAGUCAAAGAUAUUCAACAUUGGCUUCAAGCAGAACAAAGCUGUAAUUCAGCUGGAGGUCAUUUGGUGCACAUUUCAAGCCAGAUGGAGCAAUCGUAUAUAUAUUCCUUUCUUAAAACACAUUAUGAUCACUCUAUCUGGAUAGGUCUAAGCGACAUACAGCAUGAAGCACAUUUUCAAUGGUCCUCAGGACAACAGUUUUACUUUGUAAACGGGGCAAACCACACCACUUCUCCGACACGUUCGAGGAUUGUGUUGUAAUGACAUGCAUAUUCAUGGCGGAAAAUGGGACGACAGAGAGUGUACUUUUGAAUUCUACCCUUAUAUUUGCCAAUAUGGACAUGCAGGGACCGAAGUAGCAAUAACGACACAGACGUCUCUACAGAACUCAAACUUCACAGAUGGUAAUACUCAGCUUUGUCCAGGUCAGAUCAGAAGCGAUGCUGCCUUUCAUGGAGCAGUACUCGGACAGUAUGAAAGAGGAUGCUACGAACUUCUUCUUAACAAGAAAGUUUCCUGGGAACAUGGUGAAAAUAUUUGCCAGUCAAAAGGAGGCCAUUUAGCACACAUCAGCAAUGCACAACAACAAGCGUUUGUAGAAAGCUUUAUGCAGCGUCACAAUCCAAGUCAUGCGGUCUGGCUUGGACUUCAUGAUACUAUAACAGAAGGAACGUUUCAAUGGACAGCAGGAACUAGUGUACAGUUUACGAACUGGAUACCUGGACACAGUGACAACACCCUAGGUGGGCACAAUCGUGAAGACUGUGUAACAUUUGUACCACAAAGACAGGGUUACUGGGACGACGUAUCUUGUGGAUACGAGGAAAUAUUUGGUGACGAUACUGGGGAAACUCACUAUGCUUUCUGUCAGUAUAAAAUCCAUAGUGCUGUGCCUAUCGUUGGAUGAACAACUUAUUUUCAAAGUCUGUGAAUAAAGAACAAGUUACAUGGAA